AUGGAUCAGGGAGGCUUUUCACGUAGCUCAUUAAGUCGUGUCGUUGUGUCGUUGUGCGACUGUGUGCCAGCAGUGAAGUGUGAUCUGAACGACGAGAGUAAACACGUCACGUUGAACCGGAUGAACAACGUAGCGACUGUGCUCGUCUUGUUCACCGUCCUCAUUAACGUCUUCAUCACAGCGCUGGGGCAUGAGGAAGAUGCUGUCAGGUCAUCAGGGUCUCCAGUGAUGUCAGAGCCUCCGCUCCCACCUCUGCCUACUGACCUGGACAUGGCUGUUGGCCUUUAGACCGUCAAAAUAAGAUCUCAAAGCCUCGAGAUCUAAAGGGUUAUAGCAGGACAGCAGUCUUUUCUUAACAUCUGUAUCGGCUCCUUGCAGUGAAGGAGAGCGAGUCCUGGACUCAGACUCAAGUUGCUAUUCUCUGGACUCGUGACUCGAUUUGGACUCGUACACCUAUGACUUAGACCUGGACUUAAGGAUUUAGGAAAUUGGGCUUGAGCAUUCAUGAAAUCGGAAGUUGGAUGAAGUUUCUGACAACUUGUAUUUGUCAUAGGCAGUGAUGGAGU